ACUGCGUUCCGAACGAGGAAAUAACAAAAGCACCUUCCAGUAAGCGGUGUCGCUGCUAAAAGCUGCCUUUCUGGGUGAAAAUGAGCAAAAUGUUGUUGCUCCUCGUACUUUUGAGUUUCCUGAGUCCCGCAGCAGAAGCGCUGGACAACGGGCUGGCUCUGAAACCCACCAUGGGCUGGUUGCACUGGGAGAGGUUCAUGUGUAACACGGACUGUGACACAGACCCCGACAACUGCAUCAGUGAGCGUCUGUACAUGCAGAUGGCGGACAUGAUGGUGAAGGAUGGCUGGAAAGAGGCCGGUUAUGAGUACGUUUGUAUCGACGACUGUUGGCCGUCCCACCAGCGAGACGCGCAAGGCCGUCUGCAGGCGGACCCCAAAAGAUUCCCGGGAGGCAUUAAAAAGUUAGCCGACUAUGUCCACUCGAAAGGCCUGAAGUUGGGUAUUUAUGCAGAUGUGGGAGAAAAAACCUGCGCUGGAUACCCUGGCAGUUUGGGUUAUUAUGAGACUGAUGCUCAGACAUUCGCAGACUGGGAUGUGGACCUGCUUAAAUUUGAUGGGUGUAACUUGAAAUGGACUUUGCUCGGAGGAGGCUACAUAAAGAUGUCAAAAGCUUUGAACAAAACUGGAAGAAGUAUCCUAUACUCCUGUGAGUGGCCUUUGUAUGAAUGGCCUUUCCAGAAGCCAAACUACACCGCUAUCCGUGAGACCUGCAACCACUGGCGCAACUUCAACGACGUGUUUGACUCGUGGAAUUCGAUCAAAUCUAUCCUGGACUGGACUGCUUCUCAUCAGGACAUCAUUGUCCCCUCAGCUGGGCCCGGGGGCUGGAAUGACCCCGACAUGCUUGUAAUUGGGAACUUUGGACUGAGUCAUGACCAGCAGGAGUCUCAGAUGGCGUUAUGGGCCAUCAUGGCCGCCCCUCUGCUCAUGUCUAAUGAUCUGCGGGACAUCUGUCCUCGAUCCAAGGAGCUGCUGCAGAACAGACGAAUCAUAGAAAUCAGCCAGGACCCGCUGGGCAAGCAGGGACACCGCUCUGCCAAGGGAAAUAGUUUUGAAGUUUGGGAGAGACCUCUAUCUAAAAACCGCCUGGCUGUCGCCGUCCUCAACCUGCAGGAGAUCGGUGGUCCUCGGGGGUUAAGCAUGAGCAGCGUCCCUGGCUGGAAGGUCUGUGACCCCCAGUGCAACGUCACUCUAAUCCUCCCCCAAUAUAAAGAGAUGGGAGUGCAGACUAAAGAGAGCAAACUCAUCUUAAAAGUAAACCCUUCUGGAACAGCUCUGCUGACAGUCACGCCAAUCAGCAAUGACUUUGGCAAGCUUCACUGGAAGAACACCAACUAAAGAACGUCAAAUUGUUACUCUAAAUCUCAGGUUUAAUCAAGUUUCUAAAAAUAUUUUUUCUAGAUUUUUGCUCUAAAGGUUUUAAACCAUUCUUGACACUUUAAUACAUGACCAUUUGUGAUUCGCUGUAUUGGUAAAGGGCUUUUCCUGCAUCCGGAUCAACUUAAAUCAGCUCAGUUUUAUUGUUUUUACACUUAACAGGUUAUUUGAAGCCAAUUUUUGUUUGUUUUUAUUUUCUAGAGACCGACAAACCUUUGCAAUGACUUUUGUUAAAAAUCAUGGUGGAUUUCUGCAGACUCUCAUAGCAACUUUUGAAACUAAAAGCAAUUAUGGGUAAACUUUUAAACUCAGUUUGUGAUGUUUUUUUUUUUUUUUAACAAAUUCUAUUUAAUAGAAUAAAUGUGAUUCUCAAAGGUGUGUCCAUUAAUGUUCUGUAUCAAACUGCAUGAAGAUCUCCAGAUACAGAAAUCUGAACUGAUUUUAUGAAAAGUUUCAAUUUUUUUUCUUUUUAACAUGUUUAUACAAAAAUUUCAU